GGAGAUGGAGAUGGAGAUGGAGGGUGGGUUUGGCACAAAUCCCGAAGCGCUCCGGCGACCACUCCCAACCCAGUCCCCACUAGGGUAACAACCCCCUUUCGGAUUAGGUUUCUAGAAGCUUCUUCUAUGCAGGCGCCGCCGCUCGCCUCCUCGCCGUCGCCGGCGUGGACCGCCAUCCUGCCCGCGCCGGCGAGGCUCUGCUGCUCCCGCCGCGGCGCCCUCCGCCUCGAAGCCAAGGCCGCCUGGAGGCCGGCGGCCCGAGGGCCGCGGGUGCCGGCCAAGGGCGCCGUCCUCGCCUCCGAGGUGGUGGGCCCCUCUCCCCUCCUCGACGCGCGCAACGAGCAAGAGCUCAUUUUGCAUAUCAGAAAGGAAGUGGAGAAAGGGAAGCUGCCUGCAGAUGUCGCUGCCAAUCUAGAAGAGCUAUACUACAACUACAAGGACGCGGUUAUGCAGAGCAGGGAUCCAAAUGCACACGACAUCGUGCUUUCAAACAUGGUGGCCCUGUUCGAUUGUGUUCUGCUCGAUGUAGAGAAUCCGUUUACCUUUCCGCCUUAUCACAAAGCUGUCAGGGAACCAUUCGACUAUUACAUGUUUGGUCAGAACUACAUUAGGCCCCUUGUAGACUAUAGAAAUUCAUAUGUUGGUAAUAUAUCCAUUUUCCAAGACAUGGAACAGAAGCUCCAACAGGGCCAUAAUGUUGUUCUGAUGUCUAACCAUCAGACAGAAGCAGAUCCAGCAAUCAUUGCUUUGCUGCUUGAAAGAAGCAACCCAUGGAUCAGCGAAAACAUAGUUUAUGUUGCUGGUGAUAGGGUUGUUACAGAUCCUCUCUGCAAGCCAUUUAGUAUGGGAAGAAACCUCAUUUGUGUGUACUCAAAAAAGCAUAUGAAUGAUUUUCCUGAGCUAGUUGAUAUGAAGAGGAGGGCAAAUACUCGUAGUCUGAAGGAAAUGGCUUUACUUUUACGUGGCGGUUCACAGAUAAUUUGGAUAGCACCAAGUGGUGGUAGAGAUCGUCCGGAUCCUUUGACAGGAGAAUGGCAUCCGGCACCAUUUGAUGCAUCUGCAGUGGACAACAUGAGGAGGCUUCUGGAGCAUUCUGGUGUUCCUGGGCACAUAUAUCCACUCUCACUGCUCUGCUAUGAGGUUAUGCCUCCACCACAGAAGGUUGAGAAAGAGAUUGGUGAGCAAAGGGUUAUAUCCUUCCAUGGUGUAGGCUUGUCAGUAACUGAAGAGAUAAAGUACAGCGACAUUACGGUUCAUACCCAAAAUGUCGACGAGUGCAGAGAGAAAUUCUCAGAGUCAUUGUACAACUCAGUCGUUGAUCAGUAUAAUGCGCUCAAAUCUGCUAUCUUUAGAGGUCGAGGAGCAGAUUCAUCGGACAGUGCCAUCUCACUCUCACAACCAUGGCGAUGAAACUCCGCUUUCUCAGUUUUGUUCUGUACUGACCUGAGCUUCUUUCCCUUCUAUUUUUUCUUUGUUGCACUGACGCAUGGUGGCACCUACUAUGUUCCGUUUACUGGGUUUUGAGUUCAUUAAAGCCUUAACUCUUCUACUUCCUUACCGUGUUUUGAUUUCAUGGAGCCAGGUUCUAGUUGAUCAGCAUAUACAGCAGACAUCAUAAUAAUUUCUAUAGAAGCUUGCUAUAUACUCUCUCCAUCCAAAAGUCUAAGACCUAUUUCAUUUUUUGGUUUUUCCAAAAGUCUAAGACCUAUUUGUAAUCUCUGUGUUAAAUUAAAUUGUUGACUGGAACCUAAGAAGCAAUCUUAGUAUUUAUUGGUUACAUGCAUGUGUAUAGUUCAUUGGUUUUGUUACAUGGUGGAUGAGUUUCGGAUGGAGUACAACUUACAUUUAAAAUAAAAUCAGCUGAACAUAGAUAUAGCUGGUACCAUGCUAGAGCAUACCUUGCAUCAUUGCAUGUGGUUGCGCCACAUAAUGCACAAUACACUUUGACUUAAAAAAUCUUUGCACAUGGUGAUUCCUUGUUUCUGUACGAUACAUCUGGUUUUGUAGUUUAUUAAUUAUUAUUAUGAAGCAAGCAUUAUAGCCGCAAGAAAUUACCUUUUUUCAUGUUUUUUUUCCUCAUUUACUGCCUCCUGUGAUGUACUGUUCCAAAGGUGAUUUGCUCAACAACAGGAACUAUCUGAUGAAUGACAUAACAAAUGUGCUACUCCUUUUAUUUUUCAGGUCUGGAUUUCUCAAUGAAGUUACCUUCAUUUCUUUUCGACACAGCAGAUGAACUGCUGCCGACAUUGCAAUUUUUCCUGGCAGAACCUUUUAAACUUCGGUAUCCUAACCCAUACUAAUCAUGAAGGGGAGGCUGUUACUGUCAUGCAAAUCUUGUGAGUUAUUGAAGGCCCUGGUCAGGCCUAGUAUGAUGAUUUUACCCAGCUGAAUCCCAGCCACACAUGAUGCGUUCGUUCAUUGUUUGCACACAAAUAUUAUUGCGUCAUAUGAGUAUUCUUUGGGUCAGAACUGCACAGCAACGCGGCCUGGGCACUCAAUCUGGCAUGUUGUCUAUGGGGUGCAUGCUUGUUAACAGAAGAAGCCCAACAUGUGGGAUUUUGUUUUUUGCGGUUAAUUUUUUUCCUGUUUUCCUUUUGUUCCAUGUAUAUAUAUUCGAUUUUGAUCUCCAGGUUUGGAGAUACAAUGGUCAAAGUGUUAUGAUAGUCUCUUAGUUUGUUGCCUCGAAGUUAUACUCGGGCGCAACAUGUCUGACUGAUAUUCUGAUGAUGUUACUCGUUUCUGAACUUCCUGACGCCAAUAUGGUGCUUGGAUGUUGAUAAAAUAGAGCUGCUGUCUUUAAGUUAUUCA